AGAAGGUAGAAAUUCUGCAUGCUCUGUUCUCUUCCUGUUUCACACUUUAAUUAAUCUUUUUUUUUUUCUUCGAUCGCUGCACCUUUUCAUACAUUCACGAGAUACCUGCCUAUUACAUGUACAGAUAGUGAAAGGGGGUGCAAUAGAAUAAAAAAUAAAUAAACUGGGUCAUGCACUCUAUACUAUGGCUUCAGAAACUGGUUUCACGUUCGAUGCGAUCCUAGAAACUGGAAUAAAUUAUAGUACAUUUUUUAACGAACGUAAAAACAUUAUUAAGAAAAUUGUUAUUCAGCUGUGAAUCAUGCUUUUCUUUGUGGGUGCAUAGUGCACAGGAUGCAACUGUGCAUUAAAGUGCAGUUGCAUUUAUUUUCUGAAUGAAACUUCAAUUUCAAUUUAGAAUCUUUCUUUUUUCCAGGAACUUUGUUUUAAUUCUGAAUCUAAUUUUAGAUGAUUAUACAAAACGAUUAUUAACAGUUAAGAGUGUUCACAGAUUGUUAUAAAACGUAAGGUAAAUCGUAAAGUACCUGACUGUUGAUAUUCGUAUCUUUAUGAUUUUAUUUGCACGGAAUAAUAAAUUUCACUUUCUAGAAUUAGUUCGCACGAAAAAGCUUGUUUUUUUGUUGCAAAAACAUCUUGUACGCAAGAGACAGGUUAACACCUUGUAUUGCGUUCAAAUAUAUCGUUCUCGUUACGUGCACGCUGUUAUCUUGGAACGCGAUCGCAAUUGUAAUAUCUCCAUUAUAUGGAGAUACUCGCAUCCUUUAUUUCUCUCGUUUUUAUCAAACAAUGUUAAUCCUAUCCGUUGCGCGAAUAAUUCUCGAGAGAAGAUCUUUUUCAUCCGGAUAGAUACAAGAUCCAACUGACAUCAAACUAGUAUCAAUAUUCUAAUCGUCUUCCGAUAAGAUUAGUCCUUAGUGUCUAGUAAAAAAUCAAUUUCCACGUAUACAUUGACCUAUUUCCGUCGUUUCGUGAUUUAACGAAAGAUAUCUCCGUUUUUGUUCCCUCGUUACGUGACGAAAAUGCGCGUGAGGAAAGAGAAAAGUGUCGAUGCUGAUAAAAUCAGAUCUUCGCAAAAAAAGGUCUGUCUGAGAGACGUAUAAUUAUGAGAAUCAUUCGAUUGUGAGUCAGCCGGUUGUUUACCUCACGUUCAUUACAAAUCUCGACGAGAAAGAGAGAUUAAACCGAUGACGCACCUUAUGCGUCUUAUACUGUAACUCUUCACGACGCACCAUGUGCGUCGUCUAAAGAUAUCGAUAUUAUCAGUCAAAAAUAUCAAAAAACAUAGGAAAAGGUGAAUGAAAAUUGCAAUUGAUAUUAGUUGAAAGUUAAAAUAAAUAAAUUAAUCGUUAAUAUGUUUCUUUUUUAACUAGAAAAAAGAUUCUAACGUCCUCGCUCGUCGAAACGAUGAUUUCGAGCAGCCGAAACGCUUACGUAAGAUUCAAGCACGUCGAUUCUUCUUCUUUUGUUCUACGUUCUUUCAUAUUUCCCGUUUAUCGUAAUUUAUUGCUUCAGAAAAUCAAUGCCUACCGAUUCGUUCGAGUUUCGAUGACGAUGAGCAGGGAAUACCUGAAACGUUUCAGGAAGAACCAGUGCUCGGUCAAAUCUAUUUCAAUUAUUCGUGCUAUUAUACUUUAUAUAACGAAGAAUAAUCAGCCUGUCUUUGUUCCAAGGAUCCACGGUGUUCAUCAAAGGCGCGUCUUUAAUUAGCAAAGCAAAUUUCACAAUAUUUUUGUUUAAAUAAUCACUAGUCAUUAACAUUGAAAAAAAACUCAGGUACAGCUAUUUUAAAAUUGAAAACAAUGUAAGAAAAUAAAUAAACGAAGGUUAGAAAAUAAAUAAGCUUUAUCUUGACAAAAGUAAUUUCCAUUUCGAGGAAAGCACUUUAUCGCUAUUGGUGAAAUACGAGGGACCAGAGUGAGUCUGAUCCUCUCUGUAUCACCCCCUUGCUAUGCUAACAAUACCACAAUAAAUUAUCAAAAUAAGUUAAGAAACAGAAAAAGAAAGAAAAUUUUCAUUUUGUAAAAUCUUAUAAGAAAUAGAUAUUUCAAUUGAAAUGAGUAACACUUAAUACUUGAUACAUUUAGUGUCAACAUUUUAAUGGCCAAUGAUGACCCAGAUACAUGAAAUGGCAUAUCCACUAAAAUUAUUUAAUCAAAACAAUGCGACGAUUACCGGCGAGUGCGAGAAGAAAUGAAUCGGUCACCAUGUUCAAUGCCGUUUGGAGAACAUUGAAUUCUGCUUGCAGGGGAAAAAGAGAGGGAGUACGUCACACCGUCGGUGGUUAUAUAGCCAGCUACGGGAACUGAUCGUUUCAGUUCUGAACACUUUGGUCAGGAUUUGUCUGCUUCACUAUUGUUUCCCGCCAAUAAUUCAUCUGAUUGUUUCUCCUACGCCACGAGUGCCCGGGGUGUCCUGAAUAGGAUUUUCCACGUGGUCGAAUCAUCGAAAGGCAAAACCGGAAGCAUGCGACCGUAAGUCCAAGAAUUUUGAGUUUAUACACUUUUGAAGAAAUCUUGAAGAAAAACUGGAGUCCUCAAAGCGUUUCAGCAAAUAAAAAGAAGGUAGAUCCUUCGAAUUUUGGACAAAAUGCCUCCGCAAGAGAAAUUUGACAGUCCUGUUCAUUUGGAGGAUGCACAGAAAAAUAAUGCAGAGGCUUGUCGAAAUCCGGUGGAGCCAGAGACACGAGGUUCUAUUAGGAAUGUUAAAGAGGAAGCAAUGGACAUUGACUUUGAUGAAUUAUUACCUUAUGUUGGUGAAUUUGGACUCUAUCAGAAGAUUCUGUUUAUCUUGAUGAUACCGUUCGCCUCGUUCGUCGCGUGGGUGUACUUUUCCCAGAUAUUCAUCACACUGACGCCGGAAGAGUACUGGUGCUGGGUGCCGGAACUGGAGGACCUCACUGUUGAUGAAAGAUUGUCUCUGUCAAUACCAAACGGUGGCAAAGGAUAUUCGAAAUGCAUCAUGUACGAUGUAAAUUACACGGAGAUCCUGUUAAACGGAAGUCGUUUGCCGGAUGCAUCGUGGCCAACUAAAGCUUGUCAACACGGUUGGGAAUUCAAUUACUCCGUCGUUCCUUACGCCUCUGUGGCGGCCGAGUUAGGAUGGGUAUGCGAGUACGAUGCACUGCCAACGAUGGCUCAGAGUAUCUUCUUCGUCGGCGCAAUUUUCGGAGGAUUGAUCUUCGGAUGGAUAGCCGAUCGAUACGGAAGAAUACCGGCGUUGAUCGGUGCGAAUCUUACGGGAUGUUUCGCAGGAAUUGCUACUGCGUUCACCAAUAAUUUCUGGCAAUUCACCUUGUGCCGUUUCUUCGUUGGAUUCGCCUUCGACAAUUGCUUCACCAUGAUGUACAUAUUAGUAUUGGAGUACGUUGGACCGAAAUGGCGAACGUUCGUAGCGAACAUGUCCAUAGCCAUAUUCUUCACUUUCGCCGCUUGUGUUCUACCUUGGAUCGCCUAUUAUUUGGCCGAUUGGAGAAUGACAUGUAUAGCCACGUCUGUUCCUCUGAUUUUGGCAAUGGCGGCACCGUUCUUGAUCCCGGAAAGUGCUCGAUGGUUGGUGAGCCAAGGACAAGUGGACAGGGCCAUCAAGAUCCUGCACAAAUUCGAGUAUAUGAAUGGCACCAAGGUGCCUGAUGAUAUCUACAAACGAUUCCGGGAAACCUGCGAGAGGAUAUGUAAAGAGGAGGAAGCUGACAAAACGUAUUCUGUGUUGGAUUUAUUUAGGACUCCACGGCUAAGAAAAAUCACUAUUUUGUUUAUUGUCAUAUGGAUGGCGGUCUCUCUGGUGUUCGAUGGUCAUGUACGAAACGUCGAUAAUUUAGGCUUGAACAUGUUCGUGACUUUUACGAUCGCCGCAGCAACCGAGCUACCUGCUGACACCUUCCUCACGGCUGUCCUUGAUCGAUGGGGUAGAAGAUGGCUCGCAUGCGGAUCUCUCGUCAUUUCCGGAAUCUUCAGCAUUUGGGCUUGCGCGGUUUCCAACAAUAUUUACACAGCCACUCUGGCUAUCCUGGGUCGAUUUUGGAUAAACAUUUCUUAUAACAUUGGCCUUCAAUAUGCGGCUGAAGUGUUGCCAACAGUCGUCAGAGCACAGGGUGUUGCCCUUAUACACAUAAUGGGAUACGUAGCAAGCAUUCUAUCACCCUUCGUCGUGUAUCUCGACGUUGUCUCAUCCGUUCUACCACUUAUGGUGUUGGGUAUCCUUGGUAUCCUCGCUGGUUUCGUCACUCUUUUCCUUCCUGAAACCCUGGACAAGGAUCUUCCUCAAACCCUCCAGGAUGGGGAGAACUUUGGGAUGGAUCAGAAGAUGUGGGACGCUCCUUGUUUCGGAAAGAAACACGAGGACGAAGAAACACCACCUGUAGCCAUGUUUAGGUCCAUUUCUAGGGACAGUAUUAGGAACUCGAUGAGAGCCUCUCUUCGUGGUGAAGCCAUGAGAAGCAGUAUGAUACGAAAAUCCAGCGUGAGAUCGAGAAAAGGUGGAGACUCGGUCACAGAGGUGGAAAAAUUUUAGGGAAUUUCCUGUAGAAAAUGUUAGUUAUAUUGAUCUCGAUCGAAGGAUCCUUAUAGUCUUCCAAAAACCGUGUGCCAUCAGCGUUGACCAAGUACCUUUUUCUAUUAGUUUAUUGUUAAAUUUUAAUUUAGUAUAAUUAGUUUGGUCAGUGCUGAUGAUUUGCCACCAUGGUUUCUUGUAUAUACGUAUAAUCAUGCCUAGAUCGACGCUAAAAGUCACUGAAAGCCUCGAAUGUGCAGUUUGAUGUCAGAUUUCAGGAAACAGUGACAGUAUAGAAUUUUUAUUUCAAUAUGUAGCAUUCGUAGGUACAUAAUUUGUAAUAAGAUUCGACGAAGGUUGUUGGAUUUCUUCUAAAAUUUUUCCAACACCUGUUUCCUAUCCGUAGCAUGAAUAAGGAUGAGGAUUAUCUUCUUACAUCUUAGAUCUGAUGACGUAUCUGCCGUCUUUAUUUGUACAUAUAUUAAUUCGCUCUCGUGGAUCAUUGAUAAAAUGAUUCUUAACCCUUUUUCUAAGACGACACCUGUAUGUAUAUAGUGUUAAAUUAAUAUAUAAUAGAAUCACAUUAAUGAAACAUUGAUGAUGUACGUAUCAUUGUUAGACUUUGAAAUUCUUAUCUGUUGAUAAUUUUUUUAUCGCUGAUUUUAGCAUUUUGUGAUACAGCAUCACUUGUAUAUUAUUUAACAGUAUUUGAAACGGAGGAAAACUGGUGCUGCUUUAAUUUUUAAUUGGUAAUGAUAGAAAUUGUAAUUCCAAAUCAUUUCUCCGAGCACAAUAUUAAUAUUAAGUAUUAUUUUCAAUACUAUUGUUGAUAGAUAGUGUUAGGAUAUUUGUAAGAAUUUUAAAUAAAUAGAUACUAAAACGAUCGUUCACAAUUUUACUAAGAAUAUAAGUUCUUUUUUAUAUUUUGCAACACGUUUUCCAUUUUCUAGAAAAUUUUUCUAACAAAUCUUGGAUUACUCGAAUAUUUAACAAUCUACUCAUUAAUCUGGAUCUAAAAGCAUUCAUGUGUUCAAUGUUAAGAUUCAACAAACGGUAGUUCGUGACCUUUAUCAGUACCUAAUUAAUAUUGUGAUGCAAUAAAAAAUGUGCAAUCAAAUCCCUUGACUAUGAAGUGUUUAAUAUUGUCACCGUGGAUUUAACAGAUUAAUUUGAUCUUUUAUAAAUAUUUUAUAAGUAUAAAUAAAAUAAUUUAAUUUCAACGUCGAAGUGGCAGAUUAUUUCUAUUAAUAGCCUCAUUAACAGAUAACUGAGUGCAUAUUAGUAUCAGGAAUAAUAUUGGAUUAGACUAUUGUAAAUAUGUAAUGAAAUCUAAUUAGUCUCGACAGGAAUUAUUAAUUGAGACACGCGUGUCUAUUUCCGUCUCUAUAAAUUUUUAUUUUGCUAUUUUCAUCUUCUUAUUUCUCAAUUUUGUGAAUUCUAAUGCAAUAAUAAACUACUUCUGAUCCACUUAAGCCCUGAAAAACGAGAUUGCAUCGUACGAAACGGAAGAAUCCAAUUAAAGCCUUCGUCAACUAACAACGCGCUGCAAACAAGAUUUCCUUUUAACGAUUGUUUAAUUACUCUAUCAACUACUUGCUUACCAGCAACACUGAUAGUGAAUCCAUUUUUUAUCGAUAAUAACGAAGAUAACAUUAAAACCUCCUUACAUAAUGUAUCUUUAAAAAAAAUAAUUUUUUUAUUGAAAUAUCCAUUAUUUAUAUUCCAACAAAAAUAAAAAUUUUAAAUCGUCAUCAAUACUUGGUCCUGAGGAGAUGUAAAUAAAAUAAAAAUUACCAUGGAAUACAUUGUGACAAAGAAAAUUCAUGCUUAUUCCUAAGUAAGGGAUCGAUUCCCCUUCGAUCCCAGUAGAUUCUGUUUCAUUACAUAUUCAUGACACGCGAGUACUGUGAAAUACGGCCAUUUUUCAAGAACAAAGUGUUACAUAAAACAAAGCUAGACAGUUCCUCUGUGUUUUCUUUUCCUUUUUUUUUCCUUUCUUCUCUUAAUAAAGGGUGGCAUCGUCUAGGUCGACGCGACGGUGAAAGCAUUUUCAUUUUUACAUCGGGUUGUGCAACUGCCUCGACGACGAUGCAACGCGAAACCCACGGAUUCCAUUCGUGUUAUUCAUUGUCGGUAAUCCAUCAAGGCAGACGGGAUCGUUAAUCCUUUCGAGGAUCCGGUGUCGUGACAAUUCGAAGUCUUUGUUGAAAAAUGAGUAGAUGCAACAAAUAUGAUUCUCCAAUGGGGUUGUUAUGAAAAUUCGAACAUCCAUUGUCGUCGAACGAU